AAGAAGCUCCAUGAUAUUAAAUUUAGGAGUGUAUAGCCAAAGACAGAAUAUGGGAUUUUGUUUUGUUUGUUUUUUAUGUUUGUUUUCACAUCCAACUGUGAUCAGGGCUUACUGUUGUCUCUAUACUCAGGGAUCACUCUGACAGUGCUCAGGGAACCAUAAGGGUGCCAGGGAUUGAACCCAGGUCAGCCAUGUCCAAGGCAAACAUCCUGCCUGCUGCUCUGGCCCAUAGAUUAUGAGAUGUGAUGUUCUAGUAGAUAUACACACUAUGGGCUAGAGAGAGCUAAACAGGCUGGCACACAGGUUUUGCAUGAAGGAGGCUAGAGUUUGGUGGCUCCCAGUGCCACAUGGUCCCCUAAGCAUCACAAGAAACAACCCCCAAGCACAGCGCCAGUGGUAGCCUGAGCACUGCUGCGUGUGGCCCUUCCAAAAUGGAGUGAUAAUGCAAUGGUUAGGGUGCUUGCCCUGCAUUCAGCCAACCCAUGUUCAAUCCUGGCACCCCAUUGGGGCUGGAGCGAUAGCACAGCGGGUAGGAUAUUUGCCUUGCACGCGGCCGACCCGGGUUCGAUUCCCAGCAUCCCAUAUGGUCCCCCAGCACUGUCAGGAGUAAUUCCUGAGUGCAGAGCCAGGAGUAACCCCUGUGCACUGCUGGGUAUGACUCAAAAAGCUAAAAAAAAAAAAAAAUAGGAUUCAAUCCUGGCACCCCAUAUGGUCCCCCAAGCCCUACCAGGAGUGAUGCCUCAGUGCAGAGCCAGGAAUAAGCCCUAAGUGUGGGGGGGGAGAGGGAGAGCGAUGUGUGUGUACAUAUCCCACAGUAGUUAAUAAUUUAUCAAACAUAUCUGCACUGGUUCUGCAUUCCAUCAUCUAUUGGUCCCCUUCGCCUCCAACUCAUAAUGGUACUAUCUCCAGCGAGAGAGUACAGCAGGGAAAGUACUUAUUUUGCAUGUGCCCCCCGCAGGGUUCAAUCCCUGGCACCACAUAGGGCCACCCAAGCACUCUUCAGUCUCUGAAGAGCCCAAAAUAAACCCUGAACACUGCUAGGUAUGGCCCCACCCUCAAAAAAGGCCAAACUUGGUUUGUAGGUAAGUUUUAUCUUUAUAUGUUGGGACCCCAGAGGAGGUGGGGGAGAUGCAGAUGUUCUUUCACUUUACAUAUCCUAAGUUAGAUAAAUAAGGUUAGGAAGGAGGCUUCACCUCCAGUCUCUACCUCCUACUUCCAAUUAGGGAAGCCUUUAUUACUUGGUCUUGACAAAGCAGGGGAAGGAAACUGUAGCAAGUCAAGAACAGUGUUAGCAUGACGCCUGCAGGGGGCAGCAUCAGGGCAGGGAAGUGGACUGAGUAGGCUCAGAAUUCCUUGGUCUGGGGCUCCCCACAGCUCCCCAGCAUCACCCCUCCCAUUCCUUCCAACUUUAUUUUUAGCUGCCAGUGGGAGGGGGCAGGAUGGGAGGGAAAGUAAAGAAAACAGAGAAGGAGAGGGACAGACCCAGAGGACUUCUCACUCGGACAGAGAACACCGGGGAAUGGCGUGCCCCCUCCACCCUCACCUGUGUUUGCUGCUGCUGUUUCUGACAGGUCUCUGUUCCUCCUUUAACCUGGAUGUGCAUCACCCACGCCUCUUUCCUGGGCCACCUGAGGCCGAGUUUGGAUUCAGUGUCUUACAGCAUGUUGGGGGUGGACAGCGAUGGAUGCUGGUGGGUGCUCCCUGGGAUGGGCCUUCAGGCAACCGGAGGGGAGAUGUCUACCGAUGCCCGGUUGGAGGUGCCCACAAUGCCCCAUGUGUCAAGGGUCACUUAGGUGACUAUCCACUGGGAAACUCAUCUCGUCCUGCUCUGAAUAUGCACCUGGGGAUGUCUCUACUAGGGACAGAUGAUGACGGUGGAUUCAUGGCCUGUGCUCCUCUCUGGUCUCGUGCCUGCGGCUCCUCUGUCUUCAGUUCUGGGAUUUGUGCCCAAGUAGAUGCUUCAUUCCGACGCCAGGGAAGCCUCGCACCCACCGCGCAACGCUGCCCCACAUACAUGGAUGUGGUGAUUGUGCUGGACGGCUCCAACAGCAUCUACCCCUGGUCCGAGGUCCAGACCUUCCUUCGAAGACUGGUAGGGAGACUGUUCAUUGACCCGGAGCAAAUACAGGUGGGGCUGGUCCAGUACGGGGAGAGACCCGUGCACGAGUGGUCUCUUGGGGAUUUCCGGACCAAGGCGGAGGUGGUCAGGGCAGCCAGGAACCUGAGUCGGCGCGAGGGACGAGAAACCAAGACGGCGCAGGCAGUGCUGGAGGCCUGCACAGAAGGGUUCAGUGAGUCCCGUGGGGGGCGGCCAGAGGCUGCCAGGCUGCUGGUGGUCGUCACUGAUGGAGAAUCACAUGAUGGAGAGGAGCUACCUGCAGCGCUGCAGGCCUGUGAGGCAGGCAGGGUGACGCGCUAUGGGAUCGCGGUCCUGGGUCACUACCUCCGGCGGCAGCGAGACCCCAGCUCUUUCCUCCGUGAGAUCCGAGCGAUUGCCAGCGACCCUGACGAGAGGUUCUUCUUCAAUGUCACGGACGAAGCGGCUCUGACGGACAUUGUGGAUGCCCUGGGAGACCGGAUUUUUGGCCUGGAGGGAUCCCGUGAAGAGAAUGAAAGCUCCUUUGGGCUGGAGAUGUCUCAGAUUGGUUUCUCCACUCAUCGACUCAAGGAUGGGAUUCUCUUUGGCAUGGUGGGGGCCUACGACUGGGGGGGCUCAGUGCUGUGGCUCGAAGGAGGGCACCCCCUGUCCCCCCCACGGGCAGCACUGGAAGAGGAAUUUCCUGCUGCUCUGCAGAACCACGCGGCCUAUUUAGGUUACUCCGUGUCCUCCAUGCUUCUGCGGGGAGGACGCCGUCUCUUCCUGGCUGGGGCUCCUCGUUUCGGACACCGAGGAAAGGUCAUCGCCUUCCAGCUAAAGAGAGACGGGGCUGUGCGUGUGGCCCAGAGCCUUGAGGGGGAACAGAUCGGCUCCUACUUUGGCAGUGAGCUCUGCCCCCUGGACAUGGAGGGGGAUGGAACUACUGACGUCCUGCUGGUGGCUGCCCCCAUGUUCCUGGGGCCCCAGAGCAAGGAGACAGGCCAAGUCUAUGUGUAUCUGGUGGGCCAGCAGCCCCUGCUGACACUCCAGGCCAUACUUCAGCCAGAAGCCCCUCAAGACGCCCGCUUUGGCUUUGCCAUGGCCGCCCUCCCGGACCUCAACCAUGAUGGCUUUGUAGAUGUGGCUGUGGGGGCGCCUCUGGAGGACGGGCACCGUGGGGCUCUGUAUCUCUAUCACGGGGUCCAGCGUGGAGUGGAGGCACAGCCCGCCCAGCGGAUUGCGGCCAUCUCCAUGCCGCAGGCCCUCAGUUACUUUGGCCGCAGCGUGGAUGGCCGACUGGACCUGGAUGGAGAUGAUCUGGUUGAUGUGGCCGUGGGCGCGCAUGGGGCAGCCAUCCUGCUCAGCUCCCGGCCUAUUGUCCGCCUGGCUCCUUCGCUGCGUGUGAGUCCGUCAGCCAUCAGCGUGGUCCAACGGGACUGCAAGCGGCGAGGACAGGACGCAGCCUGCCUUUCCGCAGAGCUUUGCUUCCAGGCAACGUCCAGCACCCCAGGCCGCUGGGACCGGCGAUUCUAUGUGCGAUUCACGGCAUCACUGGAUGAGUGGACAGCUGGGGUGCGUGCGGCUUUCGACGGCUCUGGCCAGAGACUGUCCCCAAGGAGGCUCCAGCUCAUUGUGGGAAAUGUCACUUGUGAGCAGCUGCACUUCCAUGUGCUGGACACAUCUGACUACCUUCGGCCGGUAGCCUUGACGGUCAACUUUGCUCUGGACAACACCACAAAGCCGGGACCUGUGCUAGACCAGGGCUCAGCCACAUCUGUGCGAAAGCUGGUCCCCUUCUCCAAGGACUGUGGCAUUGACAAUGAGUGCGUCACUGACCUGGUGCUGCAUGCUGUUAUGGACAUCAGAGGCUCCAGGAAGGCUCCCUAUGUGGUUCGUGCUGGGCGGCAGAAGGUUCUGGUGACGGCAACUCUGGAGAACAGGCAGGAAAAUGCCUACAACACCAGCCUGAGUCUCAGCUUCUCCAGGAAUCUCCACCUGGCCAGUCUCAGCUCUCAGAGGGAUGCUGGUGGCACCAUGAAGGUGGAAUGUAUGGCUCCAGCCUCGCAUGCCCGGCUCUGCAGUGUGGGGCACCCCGUCUUCCAGACCGGAGCCAAGGUGACCCUCUUGCUGGAGUUUGAGUUCAGCUGUUCCUCCAUCCUGCGCCAGGUCCUGGUGAGGCUGAGUGUUACCAGCAAUAGCCUGGAGAGGAAUGAGAGCCUGUGGGACAACACAGCGCAGACCAUGGCCCACAUCCAGUACCAGCCGCAUCUCCUGUUCUCCAGUGAGUCCACGCUGCACCGCUACGAAGUUCAGCCCUAUGGGAGCCUCCCAGUGGAUCCUGGCCCUGAGUUCAAGACCACACUCAGGGUUCAGAACCUGGGCUGUUAUGCCAUCCACGGCCUCAUCAUCUCUGCCCUACUUCCCGCUGUGGCCCACGGGGGCAAUUAUUUCCUCUCCCUGUCUCAAGUCAUCGCUCACAAUGCCAGCUGCACAGUGCACAACCUGACCAGCCCUGCAGUGCCCCCCAUUCAUCCAGAGGAGCUUCAGCAUACAAGCAGGCUGAACGAGAGCAACACUCGGUGUCAGGUGGUGCGCUGCCAGCUUGGUAGCUUGCCAAAGGGGACCGACAUCACUGUGGGACUGCUGAGGCUGCUUCACAAUGAGUUUUUCCGAAGGGCCAAAUUCAAGUCUCUGACGGUGGUCAGCACCUUUGAGCUGGGAGCCGAAGAGGGCAGUGUUCUACAGAUGGCCGAAACCGCCCGCUGGAGUGAGAGUCUCCUGGAGGUGAUCCAGACCCACCCUGUCUUCAUCUCACUGUGGAUCCUCCUUGGCAGUGCACUGGCCGGGCUGCUGCUGCUGGCCCUCCUCGUCUUCUGCCUUUGGAGGCUUGGCUUCUUUGCCCGUAAGAAAAUCCCUGAAGGAGGAGAAGAGAAAGUAGAGCAAUGACUGUAGAAUAAAGCCCAAGCGUGUCUUCUACCAGCUUCUCCAAAAGACAGGCUCAGUGGUCUGGGGGCUCAGAGGGGAGGCAGAGGAGCCCAGACUCUCUCCCCAGUUCUCAGCCUGACUUGAGUUUGAGUGGUGGGAGCUGCAGGCUUGGGGGAGGCCCAGCUACCCAGGCCUGCACCUGCACCAGGAGGCCUGCUCCCUCCUCUCCCCUCCUCGGGGUCCUGGUGCUCCAGCCAGCACAGGGACUCGCUCUGGGACCCUGUUCUCCUAUUCCCAGGAAUCAGAAACUCUUUGCUUCAGUCCUCAACUUCGUCAGAUUCCUUCACUGUCCUCCUUCCCGGUUCGGAAAGGCCAUGGGUCAUCUCCCUCGGAUUCCCGCCUCUGCCUCUCACCUCUCCAUCUGAAGCCAGGAGGCAGCUGGCCUGAGAGAAGUAAAGUCAACAUGUGCGGCCUUCCUGUGGAGUUGGGUGAUUCAGAGCGGAUGGGGGCGCGUCAACAGGAAAAAGGAGGGAGGCAGGGAAAGCCGCAGGAGACAUUCUGUACAAUUCCAAGGAACAGAGGAGCCUUUAGACAGGCAACUGCCAUCGCCUGAAACCUGAGAGCUGGUGGUGCGCCCGGCCCGCCCUCAGGUGCUGGAAACAGAGCUGCCCUAGACCCACUGGCCCCGGGUUCUCCCUCCCCGGGGCGACCUUCCCCAGCCAAGCCCAUGGGCCUCGGUGCUCGGGUACCGGAGGCCCUCAGGCGGCCUGAGCUGGAACUGCCGCCAGGAAGGCUGCCCUGCCAGUGCUCUCUCCCCAAGGGCAGGCCCAGAGUCCUUCUAGAAACUAGAGGGAAGGGAGCAGCUGCCAGUGCUGGGAAACCCUUUGCUCGCCUGGAGUGGCACUAGCGGGGCAUGCAGGAGUGGGGGUAGCAGGUAAAAUGAGUGGCAAGAAGUCACUGGAGGGAAGGUCAGCCUCAACCAUGGUUGCACAGCGCCGCAGACUCUGAGAAGAUUGUUUCCAGGCAACCCCGACUAUCCGUGAUCAGUUUCUCCAUGGAGUCAGCUCAACAGACAUCGUCUGGGGUGUGCCAAGUAUUUCCAGCUGAAUUUCUGUCACUGGAUCACCACUACCCACUACCACCCCUGCUCCUACAACUUCUUUUGGUUAUAGCCAGUAGUAACAGGUGUCCAUGAAACAAGACUUUGGAUACCCAGGUCACCUACUUGUCUCCGGAUGCAGCUUGAAUGGCCAUGUGAAGGACCAGCACACAUUUAGAGAUGAGAAGCGAGGAUCUCUGCCUGGCAGCCACUUCCUGUGGGAUGGUCGGGAGACCACGGUGUCAGUGUUGGCACUGCUCUUGUCCUUCACAGAAGGCUCAGUCUCCGAUUCCAGCAGGGCAGGUGUCAGGUAUGAUGGAUGGACAGAAUGAAUAAAGUUGGCAUCUGAUGACUUCUGGUCCCAUUUGAGUUCCCUAGGAUACAGGCAGUAGCCUAGGAAUGGAGUUGGGGAGGGCGAAGGUGGUUUGUGGCUCACCUGUCACCUUGUGUGGUUGAGUCCCUGGAAGGCAGAGUUAGGAGAAAUUUGAAACGUUUUCUGUGACUCACCCAUAGAAAAUGUGCCUCCUCCUGAUCUCACCUAGCUAACGUGGCCCCAGAGUAUAAACUGUGAGGGUUGCAGAAGCACAUGGGCCUUGGUGUAAACCCCAGAUCUGCCCUUUAAUAGCUAUUGGCCUGGAGCCAAUCCUAACAGCCCAGUGCUCUGAUAGAAAUAAAGCUGCACCACCAGGCAGGAGAGACAGUAGAGCUGGGAAGGCCUUGCAUACAGCUAAUCAGGUUUGGUCCCCAGUACCCCAUAUAGUUCCCCGAGCCCCACCAGGAGUGACCCCUGAGCACAGAGCCCAGGAGUAAGCCCUGAGAAAGCCCUGAGAACCAGUGAGUAUGGCUCUAAAACAAAAACAGAACAAAAAAGCUGUGUUGGGGGCUGGAACAAUAGCAGAGCGGGUAGGGCGUUUGCCUUGCAUGUGGCAACCUGGGUUCGAUUCCCAGCAUCCCAUAUGGUCCCCUGAGCACUGCCAGGAGUUAAUUCCUGAGUGCAUGAGCCAGGAGUAACCCCCUGUGUAUCACCACGUGUGACCCCCCCAAAAAAGAAAAAAAAGCCAAAAAAGCUAUGUUGUCCAGUAAUCAGAAAUGAAGAUAGAGGGUGGGAAAGGGCUGCAGGACAGGCUUCACAUGUGGGCUGCCUGGUUGGAUCCAGGCACUAGGCAGUCCCCCAGGUACCACCAGGAGUGACACACAAGCAAAAAGCUGGUAGUAGCCCUGAGCACCACAGGGUGUGGCCCAAUAACCAGAACAAAACAAAACAGAGGGUAGCCUUGGGUUUAGCUCAGUCAGCAUUUCUCAACAAUGGGCCAUCUGGGUUCCCAUGAACUCCCAAGAUAGUCCAAGGAGACCACAGAUAAAAGUCACAUGAACUGGGGGCCACCUGCUAGGAUGGGGGGGGGCAGAG